AUGUCGGCCCCUGAAAAGAAGAUGACAUACGUCCGCCUGGGCAAAUCUGGCCUGAAGGUGUCUAAAAUCAUUCUGGGGACGAUGCAGUAUGGCCACCCGGACUGGCAGAACUGGGUACUGGGAGAAGAGGAGGGAAUGAAACACAUCAAAGCAGCAUAUGACGCUGGUGUUCAGACAUUCGAUACUGCGAACACAUACUCAAACGGAAAAUCGGAGGAGAUCCUCGGAAAGGCCAUCAAGAAAUAUAAUUUACCGCGCGAGGAGAUCGUUGUGAUGACCAAGCUUUACAUGCUAGUAGGCCGCACCCCUAGCGAGAGCAUGGUCAGGGUUCCUAACUUCGAGCAAGCCGGAUACGUCAAUCAAACUGGACUCAGCCGCAAGAACAUAUUUGAUUCUAUCAAGGCCAGUCUCAAGCGGCUUCAGCUUGAUUAUGUCGAUUUGCUACAAUGCCACAGGUUUGACUACAACACUCCCAUCGAGGAGACCAUGCAAGCUCUUCACGACGUCGUGCAAGCCGGUUAUGUUCGCUACAUCGGCAUGAGCUCCUGCUAUGCAUACCAAUUCCACGCCAUGCAGAACUACGCAAUCAGCCACAACCUCACUCCCUUCAUCAGCAUGCAGAACCACUACAGUCUUCUCUACCGCGAGGAGGAACGCGAGAUGAUGCCCACUCUGAAGUUGUUCGGCGUCGGCUCAAUUCCAUGGUCCCCACUUGCCCGUGGACUCCUCACCCGACCUCUCAGCGCCAAGACUGACCGCUCCACUACUGAUCCGUUCCUCCAGGACUACUCAAAGACAGGUGGACCGGAGAUCAUCGAACGUGUGGAAGAGCUAGCGAAGAAGAAAGGUGUCAGCAUGGCCCAGAUCGCCCUUGCGUGGUGUUCAGGCAAAUAUGAGGUUACUGCACCGAUUGUUGGUACUACGAGUAUCGAGAACCUCAUGGACCUCAUCAAUGGGGUGGAUGUGACACUGACAGAAGAUGAGGUCAAAUAUCUGGAAGAACCAUACAAGCCCCAAGCCAUCCGAGGCCACAUGUAA